AUAUCUAUAAGUAGGUAGUGUGAUAAGUAGACAGAGCGGCUGCGUCCCUCUGGCGGCGAAACCUCAGUCGAAUACACGAGCUAAACGUUAUCGGUUGUUUCUCUUAUCACCUCACAUCAGUUAUAACAAGUGGCGGCGAGGUCCAAAAUAAACGUUAAAAAUGGCUAAAAUAUCAGUUGGAACAUUAACUGUGUUUAACCAUGAAGUGCACGAUUGGAUAAUUUAUAAAGAUAGGCUAGAACAGUGGUUUUUAGCUAACGAUGUUGAGUUGGAGGAAAAGACCGGCAAAAAGCGACGCGCCAUCUUGCUAAGUAGUUUGGCGGAGCAAACUUACAGACUUCUCCGUGAUUUAGCUUUGCCUAAGGAAGUUGGAACACUUACAUAUACAAGUGUUAUUGCUUUGCUUGAUAGCCACUUUCAACCGAAGAAGUGUGGCUUCGCAGAGCGAUCAAAAUUCCACGGGGCAACGCAGUCAUCGGGUGAAUCCUUAGCAGAAUGGGCGGCGCGUGUACGUGGCUUAGCGACUCAUUGUGCCUUUGGAGAGGCUGUGUUCGAGGACGCCAUACGAGACCGCUUCGUACUGGGCUUGGCACCUGGUCCAGAGCGCGAUAAACUGUUCACGCUGGAGAUGGAGGAGCUGACGUGGAGCAAGGCGUUGGCGAUGGCUGAAGGCGUGAGGUGUGCGCGCGAGGGCUCGCGGCAGACGGCUCCAGGGGCGGCGCCUCCAGAUCCUCUGCACGUGUUCAAGAUGGCGGCGGCGCCGAGGACGGCGGCCGCGCGCGCGCCGGGUAGCACCCAGGCCGCGCGCGACGGCGGUGGCGGCUCGGCAGGCCCUGUCACCUGUUCAGCAUGUGGCUAUGAGGGCCAUCAGCUUCCUACAUGCAAGUUUACGCGUUAUAAGUGUAAAAAGUGCGGUGUUAAGGGUCACCUUCGUAGGGUGUGCCCAGGGAAAAACCUAGUGCGGCAACAUUUUGUUGAGUGCUCGGCCAGUUGUAACGAGGACGAUGUCCUUACAAUGUGAGAACUAUAACGGAAUGCGUGACGUCAAUUUCAAUGUGAAUGAGACAGUGCUUGUAAAAGUGUAUAAAAACAAAAAGUCUCAAUGGACCAAAGGUGUUAUUAAAAGUAAAAUUGGUUCGUCAUUAUACAUAGUUUAUAUCAAUGAUCUUCAGUGUACCGAGAAAAAACAUGUAAACCAAUUAUUAAAAUAUAAGGGGGAGGAAUUAGAUGAUA